AUGUCGUUUGCUCAGAAGGUGAUGGUUUUGACGGUUGGCUCCGGGAGUUGGAGAAGCAUUUGGUACCCCGGCUACCAUUCUGAGCAAGAAAAUGGGAUUUAUGUAAAUGGAUAUCUCCAUUGGAUAGGCCAGUGUGGUAAGGGUUCUUUGGUGAUACAUUCCUUUAACCUUGAAAGUGAGAGUUAUGAGCAGUUACCAAUGCCACCUUGUUGUUUUGAUCCCCAUAAAGCUCAGUUGAACCUUGGAGUCUUUAACGGCUGCCUUUCUAUAACUGUUCGCUCGAGCUAUUAUAUCAGGAUUUGGGUGAUGAAGAAUUAUGGUGUUAAGGAGUACUCUUGGACCAGAGAGGUUGACAUUAGAGAAAUACUGGGUGGUCUUGUAAAACGUAGUUGUGAUUAUCCUACUCGUGUUCUAGAAUACACAAAGGAGAGGCAAGUCUUGGUGUUAGAUAAUAGGUUGCAGAGUUAUAGUACUCCAAACGAGGGCUUUGUGAAGAAUGAGGUUGAUGGGAUAGAAAAUAUUCAUGAUGCUGCAUAUGUCCAUAUUCAAAGCUUUGUUCUGCUUAAAGAUCUCAUCAGGGGUUCGAGCAUAUAUGUUCAAAGAUUUAGGCAUGAUAAGAAGUCUGGCAAGUUGGUUGCUCAUAAUCCUAGGGGUUAG